AUGUAUAUUUUAGGUUGUAAGAAGCAAGCGACGAGUGCACCAAGAAAAAAGCUUUCUGGAGCUGAAAACAGAAAAAGGGCUAGAGACAAAAUUGAAGACGUAAAUAAAUCGGCUUCUAAGAUGAUUAAGUGGCUUCACGAAGGAGGCUCAUCGUUACGCUCCGUUCAUACUUCCGAUACGAUUCCGGGUAUUCCGAAUAACUCUUGUAUCUUGGAUAUUCAAGUUAAUUUGACUGAACAGUCAAAAUUUCAAGGCUCCGAUGAAGGUAAACAGUCUUCAUCGUCGGUAUUAUCUCAGCCGGAAGAUGACGUUCAGCUAGCAUCUAGUGACUUAUUACAGUCAAGUAGCAGAGACAAAAUUAUCGACGUAAUGGAUCCAGGUACGUGGCCGGACCACGAGAAAAUGACAGAUCAACAAAGAUCAUUCUUUAGCAAACAAGCUGUAUUACUAAAUGAUGAACAUCCAAAUAAUAUAGAGUUUAGUUUCUACUGA